CUGGAAGGAGAUGAGAUAAGAGCUCUGGGAAGAGAGGGAAGACGUGACUGAAUACAAAUGAGGAUUCAUUUCUGCCGGAGGUGCACCAGUCGAGCGAAAUGGACAAAUUAGUCGAGAACUGUGCGACGCAAAGGAUGGGAAGGUGCAGUCGCUGAAAGGAGGAUAAAGGAACUUCCCACGGUCCCCAAACCGAGAGAGUUGAGCCAUCGCCAGUGCCAUGUGUGAACUGAUCUGUGUGCAGUUUUAUAUCAUCGUGGUGCGGCAUCACGAAACCAUAUAGAAAGGUGAGAUGGAGCUGAGUAAUAUCUCGCUGGACUACUUCAACAGCAACCUCACAGAGAUCCCCGACGCCACCUCUGCUCCGGCCUGGAGCGAGGCCACGCUGCUCGGCCUGCAGGUCUCCCUGUCGGCGCUGCUGGCGCUCGUCACCUUGGCCACCGUGCUCUCCAACGCCUUCGUCAUCGCCACCAUCUUCCUGACCAGGAAGCUGCACACGCCCGCCAACUUCCUGAUCGGCUCGCUGGCCGUCACGGACCUGCUGGUGUCCAUCCUGGUCAUGCCGAUCAGCAUCGUCUACACCGUCAGCAAGACCUGGUCGCUGGGGCAGAUCGUGUGCGACAUCUGGCUGUCGUCGGACAUCACCUUCUGCACGGCCUCCAUCUUGCACCUGUGCGUGAUCGCGCUCGACCGCUACUGGGCCAUCACGGCCGCUCUGGAGUACUCAAAGCGGCGCACCAUGCGCCGUGCGGGGAUUAUGGUCGGCGUGGUGUGGGUGAUCUCGAUAUCCAUCUCCAUGCCUCCGCUUUUCUGGAGGCAGGCCAAAGCCCACGAGGAGCUGACUGAGUGUAUGGUGAACACGGACCAGAUCUCUUACACCAUAUACUCCACCUUUGGCGCCUUCUACGUUCCCACCGUGCUGCUCGUCAUCCUCUACGGACGGAUAUACGUCGCCGCCCGCUCCCGCAUCUUCAAGUCGCCGUCGUCCUCCGGGAAGCGCUUCACCACCGCGCAGCUGAUCCAGACCUCGGCGGGCUCCUCCCUCUGCUCGCUCAACUCCGCCUCCAACCAGGAAGCACACCUGCACUCUGAUGGCGUGGGAGGAGGAGGAGGAGGAGGGUCGCCUCUGUUCAUGAACAUCGUGAAAGUGAAGCUGGCCGACAGCGUGGUGGAGCGGAAGCGUCUGUGCGCGGCGCGCGAGAGGAAAGCCACCAAGACGCUGGGCAUCAUCCUGGGCGCGUUCAUCGUCUGCUGGCUCCCGUUUUUCGUGGGCACGCUGGUCACGGCCAUAUGUAAGGACUGCUGGUUCGACCCGGUGCUGUUCGACGUGUUCACCUGGCUCGGGUACCUGAACUCCCUCAUCAACCCCGUGAUCUACACCAUGUUCAACGACGAGUUCAAACAGGCCUUUCAGAAACUCAUGAAGUGCCGACGCUUCUCUUGAAAAAAAAGCCACGAGAUGAAGAAAAAAAACAAUAAUAGAUAAUAAUUAUAACAUAGUAUUGAUCGUUUAAGUCUCUCAUCUUGUAACGACAACUGUGACUUUUGUUCUUUUUGUGUGUGUGCGUGUGUGUGUGUGUGUGUGUACCAAACAGCUCCAUGCCAUAACUCUUUAGAUACUGACCGUAUAUCCAUCAUAUAGAUUUAUGCAUGCAUGCUUUUGAAAGAUCGAUCUCUCUCUCGUCAGCGGGACAGUACGGACGGACGGAGUAAACCCACAGUGACUGGAUUGAAUCCAGAGGAAAUGAAAAGCCAUGAAGUAUACGUGUAUGUUGUCUUUAUCUCUGUGACUGUCCGCUGCCGGUGCGCCCGUAUAACCUUUAUGUGCUACAGUAAAGAAUUUAGAAAAACCACAACCCUCCAAGAGAUUCAGUGAAAAAUGUCUUUCCUACUUGAACAUGGUGUGUGUGUGUGUGUUUGAGGUAGUUACUUUAAUGUAAUCCUGUAAUAUAUGCGCGUGUGUGUGUGUGUGUGUGCGAGGAAGUGCGGAUUGUCAAGUGUUUGACAUUUAUGCCUCAUAUUCUCCACCAUCAUCACAGCCUGAAAUGGAAACAUCAUCUCCACUCUGCCUCUGAAUACUAAAUGACACGCAGCCAGUGCCAUAGCAACAAAUAAACCCCUCCAAAAUAUGUCGACGGAAUGGAAUUAUCAGAGUACGGAGAAUAGAUCGGGAUUUAAUUAGUGCUUCCUAAUGAAAAUAGUUUGGUAUGAACGACAUUCUCACAGGUAUCCGCUGUUAGAGUGUGAGUGAACGCGGCAGGGGAGAGUACAGAUGUUUCACCAGGAUCCUCCGA